UUGGUCAGUGGUCUAAGAUCUGCCUUGAUUAAGGCUGAUUGAUAUGCCAAUGAGCAACUGUAUCAACUGUGGGAUCAAUAAAUCCUACAUUCUAACUCAGUUCAACUCAGCAUCACUCAAAGGAGGUGUCACAUUUGGGGAUGGCUAUGAUGAGGUCCUAGCAGCCACUCAAACGCCAUGUGAAGCAGGUAAAAAGUGGUUCCCAGGUACUGCAGAUGCUGUAUGACAGCUUACAUUCACAACUAGAGAUGAAUGUAAACAGAAGCUGCUAAUAUCUCUGACAGAAUUGUUUAAUCAUCCCAAGUUGUUUGUGCAUGGUUUGGUUGAAUAGAGUUGAGCACAAACCUCAAAUAAUCCCUUGGCCAAAAAUGACACA